AGCCCAGCCCAGCCCAGCCCAGCCCGCCGGCGUGUCGCUGCCACGCGUGGCUGUGGGUGCGGGCGAGAAAGGUGCCCAGCGCCUCGCUCCUGCCCCCGGAGAAGUGACACCCGUGUCGUGCCACGCCACGCGUGUGGGCUUCACGUUUGCAACCCUUUUUCAAGGGUCUCUGUGAAUAAACAACAAACCCAGGAAACGCGCGGGUGUUACCGCGUAGCCUCGAGCCGGGCUUGCAGCGCCGCUUGCGUCCUGGGGCAGGGCCUGAGGCGCGAAGGCGCGGCUGCAGGUGCUGGGCAGAACCCGCGCGCAGCCUUCCCUGAGGUGGCGCCGGCGCGUGAAGCGUGGCAGGUUCCUGUUGCUGCGUGGUCCUCCAACGACACAUCGUGAAGCGUGGGCUUUACGCGCAGUGGGACAGCACCCACCGCCUCCAGCAGGACCCAGCUUUCUCCUAAGCGCUCCAAGCUCACGGGGAGACAUGAAUCAGUUCAGAUGUCCGUGGCACGAGCGCUGCGUGCUUGCGGGAGUCGUUGCCGUCAUUUGUCACCGUCAUACGCUGUGCUAGCGUUUGACUGCUGUGCGUGGACAGAAGACUGCUCGAUUGCAAAAAGUCCAGCUGAUGCUACUCCAAGAAGGCCUGUUUUAUCUGUCAGUGCAAGAAAAAUUAAAGAUAAUGCAGCAGACUGGCAUAAUUUAAUGAUGAAAUGGGAGAGACUGAAUGAUACUGGAUUUACUACGGCAAACAAAAUAGUCAACAUGAAGAUCAGUGGGCAAUUUCAAGGCAACAAACUGGAGGUAGCAUGUGAUAACAGUGCCACAGAAUCUGAAAAGCCAACUCCUAAAUACAACGAAGAACUGGACAAUUGCUGUGCAGAAUUACUUGAGACCUUAAAGCACAUGACAAAAAUAAAACUGAAAAUGGAAAAGCUUACUUCGACUACUAAAGCAAUCUGUGACUUGGAAACAUUCCACCAUGGAGCUGGGAAUUGCACAGCACCCUUCUUUCAUACAUGGCCCACUCCGUACUUUUAUGAGGUGUCUCUGAAGCUCUCUGAAAUGUACAAGAAGGAACUACAACUCAAGCAAACAAUUGUACAAGAAAUUGCUCAUUCUGAUGACCAGGAUCUGAUGAUGGUCUAUUUAUCAUCAUGGCUAUACCAGCCUUACAUUGAGAACAGCAGCAAACUACUACUUGAAGCCAUGCUGCUGGAAACAGGACAUAGACAGUGCUAGAAUUUCAAAUGUUACCUGGCUUGCUUCUAACGAUGCUUGCAUGAAACGGAAAUGGCAAAUGGCAAGGCUUACCAAGUAAGUUGAUUUUUUUGUAAAACUUAUUAAAAAUAUUUUUCUCUGUU